CUCUGCAUUCCCAGCAGCGCAGCACUCAGCAGCAUUGUCAGGCUCUAAGCUGAACUUCCAACUCCCAUCCUGCCUGGGAUAUAGGGGGUACCAUGAAGAUGCUGAGGGGAGACCUCCCUCUGACCCUGCUGCACCUCUACCUUCUACUAGGAGGUGGCACAGCACAGCAGGGUCAGGGCCAGGGCCCCAUUAAGGACCCUUCCCUGCCUGGCACUGGACCUGGUACCGAGAUCGUCUUCCCCCCUCCAGACAGAAAAUCUUCCUAUCAAGAUUGUCCUGUGGAUAUUUUCUUCGUGCUGGACACAUCAGAAAGUGUUGCUCUUCGAGUGAAACCAUUCAAGACUCUUGUGACUCAAGUCAAAGAUUUUACAAAAAAGUUUAUAGAUAAACUCACGACAAGGUAUUACCGAUGUGACCGCGACCUGGUAUGGAAUGCAGGAGCUCUACACUACAGUGAUGAAGUCAUCCUUAUAAGCCCUCUGCUCAAUCUAGACAAAGACCGAGAUACCUUGAAAAGUAGAGUUGACAAAGUUGAGUACAUUGGCAAAGGUACUCACACAGACUGUGCCAUCAAAAGAGGCAUUGAAGAGAUCUUGAUCGGAGGAUCCCACCAGAGGGAAAACAAAUAUCUCGUUGUGGUGACAGAUGGUCAUCCUUUGGAAGGCUACAAGGAGCCAUGUGGGGGUUUGGAAGAUGCUGCCAAUGAAGCCAGACACCUUGGAAUUAAAGUCUUCUCAGUUGCUAUCUCACCAAACCACCUGGAGCCACGUCUGAGUGUCAUUGCCUCUGAUCCAAGCUACAGGAAGAACUUCACAGCCACUAGUGCUGCUGGCUUGUCUGAAGUGGAUCUAGAAAACACAAUUGAUACCAUUAUUGACACCAUUAAAGCUAAUGGUGAACAAGGGUGCUGCUCCUAUGAGUGUCAGCCUGCUCGUGGAGAGAUAGGUUCCCCUGGUCCCCCUGGUUAUGAGGGAGAAACCGGUAGAACUGGACUUCCAGGAGAUCGUGGACCUCCAGGAGACUCUGGUCGUCCCGGUGACAUUGGACCUGUAGGAUACCAGGGAAUGAAGGGUGACCAAGGAGGAAAAGGAGAAAAGGGUGGCAGAGGAGCAAAGGGGGCAAAGGGUGAAAAGGGCAAAAAAGGAAUUGAUGGAAUUGAUGGACAAAAGGGAGAUGAUGGAGAGCAUGGAUUCCCUGGUUGCAAAGGAUCACCUGGUUUUGAGGGAGAAUCUGGACCUCCUGGGCCCAAAGGAGACCCUGGCUCAUACGGAGCAAAAGGAGGAAAGGGUGAACCUGGACGGCCUGGCACUGCAGGAAAACCGGGUAAUGCUGGUAUUAUAGGGGACAAGGGAGAUCCUGGAGCAAAUGGCGCACCUGGUGAAAAAGGUGAAUCUGGUGAUGAGGGUGAUGCUGGACCUGAUGGGCCUCCAGGUGAACGGGGGGGUCAAGGAGAACGUGGUCCUCCUGGGUUAUCUGGUGCACGAGGAGCCAGAGGAGAUAAGGGAGAUCCAGGCCAAGCAGGAGACCAAGGUCGAGAUGGACCUGUUGGUCCACCCGGUGAUCCAGGUGAAGCAGGGCCACAAGGACCAAAAGGAUACAGAGGGGAUGAAGGAGCUAGCGGUCCUGAGGGGGCUAAAGGACCAAGAGGACCAAAAGGAUUACCCGGAGAGCAAGGAGUGGCAGGCGAGAGGGGUGAAGAUGGCCUCCCAGGAAAUGGAACAGAUGGUUUCCCAGGUUUUCAGGGAUACCCUGGAGCUCGAGGAGAUCGUGGCACAAAUGGAACAAAGGGGUAUCCUGGACCUAAAGGAGAUGAGGGAGAUCCUGGUGAUCCUGGUGAUGAUAAUCUUGUACCAGGUGCAGUAGGUCCCAAGGGAGCAAAAGGGUACAGAGGCCCAGAGGGACCACCGGGACCUCCUGGACCUCUAGGACCACCAGGCCCAGAUGAGUGUGAAAUUCUGGACAUCAUCAUGAAAAUGUGCUCUUGCUGUGAAUGCACGUGCGGUCCCAUCGAUGUCCUCUUCGUUGUUGACAGUUCUGAGAGUAUUGGAAGCUCUAAUUUCCAGAUAGCCAAGGAAUUUAUUAUAAAGGUCAUUGAUCGACUGGCAAGAGAUGAACAUGUCAAGUUUGACAGUGGGGAAUCCCGUGUGGGUGUGGUACAGUACAGUCAUGGAAAUACUCAAGAAGCCGUAGCCAUGGGAGACCCUAACAUUAACACCAUUGGCCAGCUAAAGGAGGCAAUAAAGAACUUGGGAUGGAUAGCAGGAGGCACAUGGACAGGUGAAGCGCUUGCUUUUACGAAGGAUAACCUACUGAAACGUUUUGCAUCUGAUAAAAGAGUGGCCCUAGUGUUGACAGACGGUCACUCUGAUAUCCUCAGAGACAAAACACCACUCAAUACCCUGUGUGAGGUUACUCCGGUGGUUUCUCUUGGAGUAGGAGACAUCUUCCAGUCUCCUCCAAACCCUGACCAACUGGGUGAUAUUGCAUGCGGUGGAACAACAUACUCAAAGGGUCUGUCUUUACAAAGGACAAGUUACACAGAGCUGCUAGAAGAUGGUUUCCUACAGAAUGUGACUGCCCAUAUAUGCAAAGAAAAGAAGUGUCCAGAUUACACUUGUGCAAUCAAAUUUGAGGUUCCUGCUGACAUCACUCUACUUGUGGAUAGUUCUACCAGUGUUGGAAGCCGAAACUUUGAAAUGAGCAAAGGCUUUGUACGACGUAUUGCACAGCGUUUCCUAGAGGCAGAGAUGCCAGCAUUUGACUCUGUACGCCUUUCAGUGGUGCAGUACAGUGGUCCUAAUGAACAACAAGUUGAAGUACAGUUCUUGUCCAACUAUACAGAGGUUGUGAGUGCAAUAGAUAAGAUGAAGUUCAUCAACGGCGCCACAGAUGUAGGAGCAGCAUUGCGUGCCGUGACAGAACUUUUCCGUGAAGAUGCAGCACUUGGAUCAAGCAAGAAGCUACUGUUGUUCUCAGAUGGCAAUACCCAAGCAGAGGACAAUUUAUUAAAGGCUGUGCAAGACGCAAGAGCUGCAGGAAUUGAAAUCUCUGUUUUGUCAGUAGGAAGUCGGCCCCAUGAGGAUAAUUUACGAGUACUGCUAACUGGUGCUCCUGCAGAUUCUAAAGUUGCCUUCAAUGAGAGGAACCUGUUCCGAGUCCCUGAUUACUCCUCUCUACUUCGUGGUGUCUUCUUCAAGACCGUGAGCCGCAGGGUAUCUUUGAAACCCCAGUAAAUUUAAUGCCCAACUUUACGUGACACAAUCGGCCUGAAUUUUCACUCGGCCAUAUGCACUGUGAUCUCUAAAAAUGAUGAAUGGGUACAAAUUAACAUUCAAGAUUGUAAUCCUAUACCAUCUAUCACAGACUCUCGUACCUUUUAUAGAAAAUUCAUUUCAGAACAGAUAAAACAUUUUCAUGGCACUUUCAAAUAAUCUUAAUAUUUUAGAUUAAUCUUGCACCAUAGACAUGAAAUAAAACACCCACAAAUUUUAAUACUCCAGAGAAAUGGAAUCUCAGGUGUUAACAGAAUAAUUAUAAAAAUGUAAAAUAUUUUGAAUGUGUCUAUUUCCAUUCUAAUCUUUUAAAAGGUAUGAGAGGUGUGCAACAGGGGUUUUGUGUCAAGUAUUUCUGCACUCAUAUGUGUGCAGUACAUCCAAAUGUUCACAUGAUCAUAAUAUGGCCGCAUUUUAGCAUCCACAUUACAGCUCUAACACUUAGAUCCUAUAUGAUUUCACAGAACAAAUUUAGAUGACUAUAAGGUUCUGUGAUAAACUAAAUUCAGCUUAUAAGGGCUGUGGGUGUUUUGGGUCUAGCAGCCAUUGUGGGGAAGUUAAAAUUCAGCUAUAUUAUUAUAGGCAUCGGAAACAGGCCAUUGAUAAAGUCUCUGCAGAUUAAGCAGAAUUAGAGGCCAAUCCUAAAAAUAGACACAAUUUUUCUCUUAUUCAAAAUUUUUGCAGGUUAGUAGAUUACCAAUUAAAAAAAAAUGAGGACUGAAAAUUUAAACACUGCUUUAAAUAGAUAGGACCACUAUAAUCUGUGAUUGUAUGAUGUAUCACAAAGAGUGCCUUUAACCAAAAAGAAGGAAGCAAUAUGUAAAAAUAUAUUGGUGGCUAUGCACCCAGCAAAUCAUAGGCUAAGCCUUUGAUGCUUAAGGCUGGGUUCACAUAUAGUAUUGUGAACAGUAUUGUUAACCAAAACCAGGAGUGGAUCCAUUAUAGUUUUUCUCUAUUGGUUCCACUUCUGAUUUUGGACAAAAUGAUGACCAACAUACUGUGUGUGAACCCAGCCUUAGUGUUUCCUAAAUGCUACAUUCUUAAGACCUUCUUUGUGCAUAGAUGAUCAUGAUUUAUGAUCCAUUUUGAAAGAAAGAGUAUGUAGGUGAUAGGAUUGUUAGACAAGGUAAUGAAAGGUUGUAGAGAUGCACAGCAGUAAUGACACUAGGUUAAACUUUCACUGAUAGUGAAGGCAUUUUAUUUUUACAUUGAAAAAAAAUUAAAUCUUAUCUACUUUAUUGCCUGAAUUCUAUAUUAGACCAAUGAAGAUUGGGCCACGUGUUUAUUUAAUUUCAUAUUCUACAUCCCUAUAAUCUUUACAAUUCUCUUGAGUGUAAUUUUCUUCUUAACAUCAAAACUUUUUCCAUUACUCCAAAUCUAGAGGACAUAACUUGGCUCACCUGAGCCCCAAUGAAAAAUAUAUAAUGGGACUCCCAACCAUCAUGUCCUAUUUUUAGUACAGAUGUAGUCUUAAGUGUCAGAUUUCCCAUUAGGCCCCCUUAGGCACUAGGGCCCUGGCAUAACAGCAAACAAUACACCCCCUAUAGUUAUGCCCCUGCACUCAUUACAAUGGUAAUAGUGUCUCUUGGGUUAGAAGAAACUCAUAUGAAAAUAAUAUAGGGAAAUAUCCAAUACUAAAAUUUAAAAAGAAGGUGAAAAUAUGAAUUUUGCUCCAAUAAACUGCCAUACUUUGUAAAUGUUUCCUUAAUUUUAAUUUUGCAAAAACAAGCAGAGCAAAAUAAGUGUUACAGGGACCAGAACAUCUUAUCUUCCGCCUAAGAGGGAAUUGCAGAACUCUUAUUUGUUCUCAGUGCAGUCUUAAGUUUAUCUUUGAGUCUGAUACAAAUACCCUGAAGGAGAAGGGUUAACAUAUUUUUUCAUGUUGGUGCUAUAUUCAGGGAAAUGAAGAACAUGAUAUCUCAUGACCAUUGUUCUGUUGGUUGUGACGCUUGCUGUGGGGUUAUUGUACUACACAGUGCUGUUCCAAUACCCCUUUAUGUUUCAGUCUCUGCCCACUUUGGUCUCUGAAUAAAGGGU